GGCCCCCUCACUGUGGGGGCGGGUUCUAGGCAGGGGCUCCACUCCCAGGCGUACCCCAACCCCUCUCAUUUUUGUCCCAGGGUGUCCUGGAACUUGCGGUGAUCCCCCUGCCUCAGUGCUGGGCUCACAGGGUUGCAAGCAGUUUGGCUCUCAGCUGAAGGUCCGUGAGGCCUCCCUACCCCCUCAAACUGAUGCUGGUCCCGUAGAGGUCGUCUUACAGGAGGAUUAGAGGCUAAUCUGGCUUCUGAGGCUCCUAUUCCUGGGGUUAGGGGCCCCAGUAAGCAGGCCACACCAGAUCUCUCUCCCGUGUCCCCAGUCCUCACACGCCAUGGUAACCCUCUUCUCUGGCCGCGUUCUGAUCAGGAAUAACAGCGACCAGGACGAGGUGGAGACCGAGGCGGAGCUGAGCCGCCGGCUGGAGAACCGUCUGGUGCUGCUGUUCUUCGGCGCCGGGGCCUGUCCCCAGUGCCAGGCCUUCGCCCCGGUCCUCAAAGACUUCUUCGUGCGACUCACUGAUGAGUUCUACGUGCUGCGGGCCGCACAGCUGGCCCUGGUCUACGUGUCCCAGGAUCCCACGGAGGAGCAACAGGACCUGUUCCUCAGGGACAUGCCUGAGAAGUGGCUCUUCCUGCCGUUCCAUGACGACCUAAGGAGGGACCUCGGUCGCCAGUUCUCCGUGCAUCGCCUGCCAGCUGUCGUGGUGCUCAAGCCGGGCGGGGACGUGCUGACGAGCGACGCCACGGACGAGAUCCAACGCCUGGGGCCUGCCUGCUUCGCCAACUGGCAGGAGGCGGCUGAGCUGCUGGACCGCAGCUUCCUGCAGCCCGAGGACCUGGACGAGCCGGUGCGGCGCAGCAUCACCGAGCCCCUGCGCCGCCGCAAGUACCGCGUGGACCGGGAUGCCGGCCGGGGCCGGGCCCGGAGCGGCCAGGACGCCCAGGGGGAUGCGGGUGCAGGGGCAGAGCUCUGGUGACCCCCUGGGAAAUCCGGGUACAGGGGCGGGGCUCCAGUGACCCUCCCCAGGGGCGGGGUUCCCAUUAGCCUUCUGCACGUUCAGGAUGUUCCCUAUCAAGACUGGCCUUGAACUCACCACGCUCCUGCCUCAGCCUAAGGAGUAGCUGGAAUGGCAGCCAAAGAAAGACAGGUUUCCUCUUCCAAGUCACCCGUAGUCAUUGCAAGAGCGUGGGUACCUUCCUGGGCACGGUACCAGGAGUUUUUAGUGCAUGCUAAGCAAGCUUUCUACCCAUAGAACCCCAGCCACAAAACCCCGGUUCAAAACAGACCAAAACCCCUCCUGCAAACCGCCUUUGUGGUGCAGGCCUGCUCUGGACGCUGGCGCAGGGCUGGCGAGAUGAAUCGGUGCAUUCGGAAUGGCAUGCGCUGUCAAGACUGACAAGCCGAGUCCACUCCCCGAACACACAAGAUGGAAGGGAGAAGCAAAAUCUCGCAAGCUAUUGGCCUCCGCAGGCUCGUGGUGGCACGAGCUCGACCACACACUUGAAAAAGAGUAUAGGGAACAAAAAUACUAUUUUAAGUCUUGUGCAAAAUAACGACACAAAAAUAAAGGAAAAAGAAAGCAAAGAUGUGUGCAGAAGAAGGAUCUGGAGUUCAAGGCCAUUUUCUGCUACAUAGAGGGCUCUAGAACGGCCUAGGCUACAAGACCCGGUCUCAACGAGAAAGCCUCUGUCUAGCGCCACCCCUGGGCCGGCACCUCCCUCUGUCUAAGCGCCGAGAGCCGAUGCCAACGGUUUCGCUGUGCUUACGGCGCCCCCUGGCGUGCAAAUGAGACGAAACCCCCUCCCGCGCCAAGCGCGUCCAUGGAUGCUGGCAAACCUGGCUUUCUGGGGUAGAGAAGGCUGCUGACCUGAGGAGCCAUGACUCCGCAAGCGGCUCGUUCACCUCCGCCCCCAACUUGGAGUAGGGGGGGAAACCGAGGCUCAAGACUGAAUAAGGAUACCUGCUGGCCACCACGUCUGACUGCCUGAGCCCGAUCCGGGUACCCACCGCGUCUGACUGCCUGAGCUCGAUCCGGGGUACCCACCGCGUCUGACUGCCUGAGCUCGAUCCGGGGUACCCACAUGGGGCAAGGAAAGAGCCCGCGCCCACAAGCUGUCCUUUGACCUCUAUCCGUGUCCCCCACAGGAACUAACGAAUUGAAAGUUUAAAUUAUUAUGAUUAUUAUUUUGUUUUUUGAGACAGGGUUUCACUGUGUAGCCCUGGAUGUCCUGGAACUCGCUUUAUAGACCAGGCUGGUCUCAAACUCAGAGAUCCAUCUGUCUCUUUCUCCAGAGCGCUGGGAUUAAAGGCGUACACCAUCACCACCCGGCUGGAAUGUUGAACAUUAGUUAAAAAAGAAAAUUAGAAACCAUCAUUCAGCCGGGCGUUGGUGGCGCACACCUUUAAUCCCAGCACUUGGGAGGCAGAGGCAGG